CUUAAGCUUUUAAGAAUUGACUGAAGACACAUCUAUAUAUAGUGUUGUAAAAUGCAUUACAUAUCUGAGUUCCAGAAGAAUUUUUGUUUCUGUUCUCAAAGCUAAGGAACUCCUUUACACAUGGGAGAUAGAAGGAACAAAAUUCACAUAAGCACUGCUAAUUAUGAAGUGACACUCUUUACAUUUACAAGGAAACCAGCGAUUAAUGCUGAUAUACUUGGCCAGGUGGAGAGAGAGACUUUAGAUUUUGAAACACUUCAGAAAUGCCUAACAAUGUUUUGUUGUUUCUUGCGUGGGAUGUUUUUCGGUUCACUUUAAGCAGCGGCUUUGGUGGUAUUUUGAUAAAGUAAGAGGCAGUGAGAGGGUGAAUGUAGAAGUGGCCACAGAUUCUCUUUUCAGUUGUAAGUAGGUGACAGCGGUAAGAAAUCAUGUUCAAAACUGACAUGCCAUACCUAAAUGCUGAAUCAAGUUUCCAGGGUUUCACUGUCUGUGUUGUUAGGGGCUGUAUUGAGUAGCUGACUGCAGAAAUAACAAGAGUUUGAGUUACAAGUGUUAAGACUUCUAGAGAAAUGCGGGAUCGUGAGGUAGUAACGUGUAGUCACCCUAAUGCUGCCCACGAUGGACUCGUGUGUGCAGCCUCAGGAGAUGAUUGGCGUAUUCUUACAGGCCCCUCCUCCCCAGGUCCAAAAAUAUCACAAAUGCUUUGAUUUUUUUUUUUUUUAAAGAAAUGCCUCAGUAACUGUAAUUGGAGAUAGCUUGACUAUCACAUGUAGUUUUUAACAUUGUCAGGGGAGAUGGCUCGAGCCUUAAACCUCUGAUUUAGCAUUGCUAGCUUGUUCUUCUAAAGGUAAGGUUCAUUUUCUCUGCGUGAUCCAAACUGCUCUGAUGUCUGCUACUACUAAAUCAGUUCGCUUCAACUGUCUGCUGUUCCUGGAGGGGCCAUAGUGUUGAAAGCACAGGCAUUUUGUUGAACAUGGAUCCUGCAGAGAAAGACACCUACCAAGCUUACUGUCCUGGUGAUUGUUCCAGAAGAGUCCCGUCUUUCCUCUUCGGUGUCUGAACCUCCUUGGCACCCCAGGGUGGGGUGGUGACUUAUGUGAAUUUGAUGUGGUUUAUCUCAAUCUCCCUGCAACUCGGUCAGUCUGAGAAAAUACCAGGACACCAAGGGCAGCAAAGAGCAGUCGCCGUUCCUGUCGUCUGGGAGAUCUUCUUGCAGCAGCAGUGCAGGAGUGUGAUGCUGUAGGGAUAUGUCCUUAGCUCAAAGCCUGUGCAAACGCAGAGGCGGGAAGAGAUGGGAGACCCCUCUGCGUUUUCAGAAACCAUGGCGAGUCCUGCGAAGGAUAACUAUCGAAUGAAAAGUUACAAGAACAAAGCCCUAAAUCCUGAGGAAAUGCGUCGGAGAAGAGAAGAGGAAGGAAUUCAACUGCGCAAACAGAAACGAGAGCAACAGGUAACUGUCAUCUUGAGUAGCUUGUGUACAGCUUUAACACAACCAGGAUUGUGCUGCUGCCAAACUGGAAUCUUCAAGGAUCUGUGCAUUAAGCUCUUUAAAAGAAGAAAUGUGGAGCUGAUCAAUGAAGAUGCCUCCAUGUUCGAUAGUCUCCUUGUGGAUUCCUAUGUCAGUUCCACAACGUGUGGGGAGGGAGUGAUCACAAGAGAGAUGGUAGAGAUGCUGUUCUCAGAUGACCCUGAUCUGCAGCUAGCAACCACUCAGAAAUUCAGGAAGCUACUCUCCAAAGAGCCAAAUCCUCCAAUAGAUGAAGUGAUAAACACUCAGGGAGUGGUGGACAGAUUUGUUGAAUUCCUGAAAAGAAGUGAAAAUUGCACACUACAGUUUGAAGCAGCGUGGGCACUGACGAAUAUUGCAUCAGGAACUUCCCAACAAACAAAAAUAGUAAUUGAGGCUGGGGCAGUUCCUAUAUUUAUAGAGCUGUUAAACUCUGACUUUGAGGAUGUUCAAGAACAGGCUGUCUGGGCAUUGGGGAACAUUGCUGGAGACAGCUCUGUGUGUAGAGAUUAUGUCCUUAACUGCGCUAUUCUUCCUCCCUUAUUAAUGCUCCUUACGAAGUCCACUAGGUUGACAAUGACACGAAAUGCUGUCUGGGCCUUGUCAAACUUGUGCAGAGGAAAGAGUCCGCCACCCGAAUUUGAUAAGGUAUCUCCCUGCCUGCCCGUGUUGUCCCGGUUAUUAUUCAACAGUGACUCUGACUUGCUGGCAGAUGCGUGCUGGGCUCUUUCCUACUUAUCAGAUGGUCCCAAUGAGAAAAUUCAAGCAGUUAUUGACUCAGGAGUGUGUCGGCGACUGGUGGAGCUGUUAAUGCACAAUGACUACAAGGUGGCCUCCCCAGCUUUGCGGGCGGUUGGCAACAUCGUGACAGGGGACGACAUCCAGACCCAGGUGAUUCUGAACUGUUCAGCCUUGCCUUGUCUCCUUCAUUUAUUAAGUAGUCCCAAGGAGUCAAUCAGGAAAGAAGCCUGCUGGACUAUAUCUAACAUCACAGCAGGAAACAGAGCACAAAUACAGGCAGUCAUAGAUGCAAACAUUUUCCCGGUACUGAUAGAAAUCUUGCAGAAAGCAGAAUUCCGCACGAGGAAAGAGGCAGCAUGGGCUAUUACAAAUGCAACGUCAGGAGGAACUCCCGAACAGAUCAGGUACUUGGUGAACUUGGGUUGUAUCAAGCCUCUCUGUGACCUGCUGACUGUCAUGGACUCCAAGAUUGUUCAGGUGGCGUUGAAUGGCCUGGAGAACAUCCUGCGGCUUGGAGAGCAGGAAGCCAACCAGAGUGGAACAGGCAUCAACCCCUACUGUAGCCUGAUUGAGGAGGCCUAUGGUCUGGAUAAGAUAGAGUUCCUACAGAGCCACGAGAACCAAGAGAUCUACCAGAAGGCCUUUGACCUGAUUGAGCACUACUUUGGAGUAGAGGAUGACUCCGCUCUAGCUCCCCAGGUAGACGAGAACCAGCAGCAAUUCAUCUUCCAGCAACCUGAAGCCCCCAUGGAAGGUUUCCAGCUAUAAUGUGCCUGCAGAGGGGAAAAAAAAACACCACAAACUUGCUGGAAAGCAACUGGGAGCAGCUGAUCGUCCCAUCCCCUCCUCGCAAAUGGAAGGCUAAACACCCACUCCACCUGUUAGGAAAUGAUUCUUCCUUCAAACAACUAGAAACAGUGCUUUGUCCGCGUGGAGAGAAGGGGAUGUUCUUACACUUUUUUUCCUUUUUGCUGCUGCAUACAUGUCUUUAAAGCAGGCAUCUGGGUGGAGGAAGGACACUGAGGUAACAGAUUCACCUCUUGGUUGUGUGGUUUUUUUCCUUUGUGGUGAUCUCUCACAACUGUCACUUCUUACCUCGGGUACUUAAUUGAAAUUGCAGCAUUGGGUUGGGUAAAGAACACAAAUAGAAAGUAAGCAUUCUGACAACAAUAAUUCUGGAAACCUGGGUUGAUCUAUUUAAUUUUUUUGCACAUGUUACUCUUUAUUAAAGACUCUAAUUUGCCAAGAGCAAAGUUUAGCCCUGGCCUUUCUGCGACCCUCCUUCAGCGGACAGUCCUGUUGAACCUGGGCCACGUUCCCCUGAAAAUAUACUGUAAAUGGACAGAGAAACGGGAAGUUCUCCCGCUCCUGGGAAGAUUUUUCUGGGGGGAAGGCUACUUCCCUUUGCCUAGAUUUUUUUUUUGUUGUUGUUUUUUGAAGAACUGCUAGUGGUAUUUACAAGGAGAGGAAAAAACAAAAGGCAACAAGACCCCAAAGAUGGUAACUCUGAAGAGGGCGGGAUGCUUGGGUGGUGUUUGAAAGAGGAAGCACAGCUGCCGUUGCACAGGCUUUGCAUUGCUACUGACUGAAGUCACAGAACUGUUGAAAUGGUGAAAACCCAUCUUCAUCUUUACUUGAAAUAUUGCUAUUUUUUUUCCAUGAGAAACAUGUUUUGAGUUCUGGGGUUUUUUUCUGACUUGGGUUGGGGUGGAUCACUGUAUGGGUUGGAGGAAGAGGACAUGGCUACACGUGGCAGCGGUGUUGUGUGCGGUGUUAACUUCAGUAGCAACAGGCCUGAGUUUUCAGGUUUACCUCCUGCUCACAGUUGGAUCAUGUACAUUUUACUUCAAAAAAAAAAAAAGUCAAAUCUCUGUAUUUUUUAUAUUAUAUAUAGGUAGAUAUUUGUCUAAUUGGGCUUCAGAGAAAAAUAUAUAUGAAAUUUCUGUAAUUUAUGUAAAUAGAGCACUGUGAGGCAGGCACACCUGGAAAUGACGGCCCCAACUCACUCACUGGUUGUCCUGCUUCUUUUCCUCUGUUUACUCACGUACUGUAUAAGCGACCAUAGAGCUGUCUUAACUCAGAGCUGGUAGCGGAGUUCACUUAGCCAAGAUUUUGUUCAGCAGAACUCACUGGGCUGUGGAGAACAAAACCACUUCUGGGCUGGGGAGGAAGCCCGUGGUGGAUGUGGUGAGAAGCAAGGCCUGGUGCGGCUCCGACUUGAUGAGUCCUUUCUUGUCAAAUGAAUAAAUGACAUCUGUGCAGUA